AUGGACCGGCGUUUCAUGCUCUUCGUGUAUCAACAUACCCAAGUAUCGCGCCAUCGAACAACAAUUGUCUGGCAUCAUUCUCGGAGUCCUGUUUUUCCUGUUUUUCCUAUUUCAACUCAAUCUGUCACACUCUGUGUUUCUUCUGUCUUUCAACAUAUUCCCCCCAUAUUGCGCCAGAUCUACUAG